AUGCGGCCACUUACAGAGCCCGAGACGAAGACACUCUUCGAAAAGCUCGCCGGCUACUGCGGCAAGGGCAUCCAAGACCUCAUCACCGCCGGCGGCGCAGAUGAUCGCCAUGUCUUCCGUAUUCAAGGCUCCCGCGUCUACUAUGUGCGCGAAUCGCUCGCCAAUCUGGCCACCUCCGUAGCCCGCGACAAUCUCCUCUCGCUCGGCACCUGCCUUGGCAAGUUCACCAAGACGGGCAAGUUCCGCCUCCACAUCACUGCGCUGUCUGUCAUAGCGCCGCAUGCGAGGUAUAAGGUGUGGGUCAAGCAGAAUGGCGAGAUGCCGUUCUUGUAUGGUGGAAAUGUGCUGAAGGCGCAUGUGGGGAGGUGGAGUGAAGAUUGUCCAGAACAUCAAGGUGUAAUAGUAUUGAGCAUGAACGAUACGCCAUUGGGCUUCGGAGUGAGCGCACGAUCAACAGCAGAGGCAAGAAAAUUGGACCCGACCGGCAUUGUUACCUUCAGACAAGCGGAUAUCGGAGAGUACCUCAGAGAAGAAGACACACUCUUCCAAACAUGA